CCCGUCAGUCAACCCGCCACUUUGAUUAUUUUCAGUUUAACUAUAUGAUAUUAUCGAGAUAAGCAGUAUGCACUGGGAGAAAUCGCCAUCAUCAUCCCUGGCCAGGUCUAGGCCAUACCAAGGCGUUCGAGUCAGAGACCCGGUCAAAGAGCUGCUGAGGAGGAAGAGAAGUCUGGAGCCACACAGCACCAAGACAGUGCCCCCUCCUGCGGAUGUGGCCACACACAACAACCAGUCAUUGUACACGCAAGGCAUCUUUGGCUCUGAUGUUGCCAGCAGUUCCCCAGCUGACUCAUUGGUUGCAGUCAGUGAUGGAGGGUUGCAGUGUGCAGGAUGGAAAGCUGCGCCGCCUGCCACCAGCACUGGGCUUCAGCCUGCUGUAUCACACUGGUCUUCAUCUGACUACAACCAGCAGGACACCUCAGCUCAGACUCUGGCCUACCCAGCCGCCCCCACCCUGACCGCUGAUGUGUAUAUGCAGACUCUGUGCCCCAGCUACACCAUGCUGACUUACACACACACGCCACUGCUCACUAACUUCGGGACCAUACCUGUGGCCCCAACACCAUCCUCCCUCCCUCAGAUGGAGCUCCCGGACUCAGGGCUGACCUACUUCCCCUGGGCCCAACCCCUUACCACCAUAUCCACCAUGCCCAGCCCUGGGGUCCAGUUUGCCCAGGGCUCCACAACCCUGCCUGGAUCACCUCUGGUCCACAUGCCUUUGUCCAUGUCUUUAACCACCAUGAUCCCUCAGCUGGAGGCCCAGGGUACGGAUCCUCAUCCCCAGAUCCUGGACCUCCCGCAGCGUUCAGACCACCAGCUGAACCCUGAGACACAAGGCCAGACUCUGGAUGAAGAUCCAGUUGUAGAGCCGGAAUCACCAAACCUACUGGAUAAACUUCUGGAGGAUCAAAAGGAAGAUGGUGAAGAGGAGGGCAAGGACUCGUACAGCAGCUCGCUCUUCAUUCCGCACGUCUGAUAUUGUUCAUUUUGUUUGUAGAAGCAGUAUUUUUUCUGUCCUAGGCCUUUUUGUCUUUCCCAGGGCCAACAUUUUGUCUUGUUAAAUACAGUAGAUAAACAUUUUAUUAUAACUUGAGUCAUCAUGUUGGAAGUGAAGAUGGACAGAACAAAGAGCAGAAAAACGAGUGGUCAGAUGAUCACUUUCACCCUCAUGGCACACAACUAUGGCAGUAGUACCGUAGGUCAAAGUUGAACAAGGAAGUUGAUAUUUAAACCGUGAUGGAACACUUUGGGUAAUAAUUUACUGUUUGCCUUCAUUUUUUUGAUUGGCUAAUGUUUUUUUUAUUCUGGUCAUCUGAUAUCUUUUUAGCUAUGUCGUUUUGUUUUCCGAUUGCAGGAAUUAAUUAAAUAAGUCCAACACAAUCAUAACUGAUAUGAAUAAUGGUCAAAGCUUAGCAAAUAAACUGAAAUUAUUCAAUAAUGCUAUUAGUUGCACUUUCCCUGUAGUGACAGCUAAAAUACCUUCUCCUACAAGUGUUAUUUUUUUGUUUUUAUGUAUGAGAUGUAGCGAAGAGAAAAGCCACUUAAAGUUAGCAUGCCUGCUCUUUUAUUUGCUAAAUGCUGUUUAGAGGUAUUUUAUGCUCACAUGAUGCACUGUAACAUAAAUACUUGGAAAUACUUUACUAUGAAUCAUAUCAAAGUGAUGGGAUGUGUGAAUGUUUUAAGGCUGAUUUUAAUGUGUGUAUAAUAUAUUAUUGCUUUUAAGAUAUUCAUGAUGACAGGUGGGGCCUUUUUGCAGCAAAAUUUGCCAUUAAAAACAAGAUGAUGUCGUCUUAGUAAAAAGGAGUUGUCAGAAACAGUUACACAUUUAGCCUUGAUGUCAUUGAUGCUGCCAGUUAACCAGAGCAUGGGGAAUUAGUAUGUUUUCUUUUUUUCUGAUUGAUGAUUUACAUCAAACUAGAACAGGAACUGGACUCAUGCAUGUUGGGGCAAGUUGAUCAAGAAGGAACAAAGAUUAAAUAACAGAAUAGGCACUGACUGCCAGUAUCUGUCUCCACAAUCCAUGAUAUUGUACACAACAUGGAGUUUUCAAAUGGAAUGGGGAGGUUUCGAUAGCUAACAAAAAUGUGAUAAAGAUGCGGGAUUGCCGCUUUGCCCAAUAUUUCUUCACCUGAAUGACAGUGGAAAAAGGGAAUGAAAUGCCAAAUAUUACAUUUCCAUAAGAGAUACACAGAGAAUAAUGUUAUUACAGAGAUAUGAUAGUGGUGUGAUGGUGCAGGUGGUUACAGCAGGAAUGUUGGGGAGAAGAACAGACAGUAAUUCAGUGGAUACUAAAGAUGAACUACUCUAGAUAAAAAAUAACAUUUUAAUGCCAUCUGGAGCCACCAGUAUGCUAAGCUUUAAAUUUCAGUAAAUGUUGCUGCUUAAAUUAGCUUUUUAUGUUGUUGCUCAAGCUGAAAUUAUACUUGUUAGUAAGAAAUUUCUGAUUUUCAAGGAUCUUGUUUUUUAUAUUACAGCAGUGUUCAUUCAACUGUCUUAUGCU